AAAAUAUCCUAGAAUAUACAAGUAAACUUUAUUAAAAUAAUCUGGUGAGAAUUUUUAAAAACUUGAAGAUGGAGUUAUUCACAGAAAGGGACAAAGUUAAAAAAACACCGGAAGGAAUCCAACAAUUCAGUAGCGCUCUCUAUUGGAGAAUUAAGGAAAUACAAUUAUAUCAAGGGGAAACAACUUCUUCACCACAUCAACCACGAGACCAAAAUAGCUAAUUAGGGAAGUUAAUUAGGGAGGUUAAUUACCGAUCACUGAGUCACUGUUUAUUUGUGAAUUCGAAUAUCACAUCUUGUUGACGUAAAAGAAAUCUUGUUGUUCAGAUGUGACUUAUGAUUUUUUUAUGGACUUUCAUCAACUAAAGGAAGAUGAUAUAUUUAUAAGGAGCCUUCAUCAAUACAUCAACCUUUUUAUACUGAUAUAAUCUAUGACAAACAACAGCAAAAUAUUUUUCUUGUCUUCACUGUCUGGAAUGUAGAGGAGGUGAUUGCUUUACAAGUUUGUGUAACUUUACGAAGGACUUGACAGUUUUCACCUGCUAAUUUAGAUAUUAAGUAAGAUCACAGAUGAAUGAAACAUAGCAUUAAAUUAUUCCCUGAAAAUACUAACUGAACUGAACACAAACAUAUUCAUAGAAAAGAAAAAAACAAUAUUUUUGUGAUAUAUAUGAGAAAUUAUUCUCUCAGAAUGAAUAAUUUAAUAAAAUCUAAAAACACUGAUACAAAAGAGAAACCAUAUUCCUGUGAUGUCUGUGGAAAAUCAUUUUCUCUAAGAAGUAACUUGAUUAGACACAGAUAUAUUCAUACAGGUGAGAAGCCAUAUCAUUGUGAUAUCUGUGGGAAAUCAUUCCCUGCAAACGGUGACUUGACGAUUCACAAGCGUGUUCAUACUGGGGAAAAACCAUAUCACUGUGAUAUCUGUGGUAAAUCAUUUUCUGGAAGUAAUGACUUGACUAAACACCAGCGCAUUCAUACAGGAGAUAAACCAUAUCGUUGUGAUAUCUGUGGCAAAUCCUUUUCUCUAAAUAGCGCUUUAACUAGUCACAAAUAUAUACAUAUGGGAGAGAUGCCAUAUCAUUGUGAUAUCUGUGGUAAAUCAUUCUCUCAAAGAAGUAACUUGACUGUUCACAGACGUAUUCAUACGGGUGAGAAGCCAUAUCAUUGUGAUGUCUGUGGAAAAUCAUUUUCUCGGAGAAAUCACUUGUCUGUUCACAAACAUACACAUACAGGAGAAAAACCGUGUCAUUGCGAUACCUGUGGUAAAUCAUUCUCUUGUAAUAGUCAGUUGACUACUCAUAGAUGUAUUCAUACUGGUGAAAAACCAUAUCCCUGCGAUUUAUGUGGUAAAUCAUUUUCUCAAACUCAUGCUUUAACUAGACACAAACGUGUUCAUACAGGUGAGAAGCCAUAUCAUUGUGAUAUCUGUGGGAAAUCAUUCUCUGCAAACGGUAGCUUGACGAUUCACAAGCGUGUUCAUACUGGGGAAAAACCAUAUCACUGUGAUAUCUGUGGUAGAUCAUUUUCUGGAAGUAAUGACUUGACUAAACACCAGCGCAUUCAUACAGGAGAUAAACCAUAUCGUUGUGAUAUCUGUGGCAAAUCCUUUUCUCUAAAUAGCGCUUUAACUAGUCACAAAUAUAUACAUACGGGAGAGAUGCCAUAUCGUUGUGAUAUCUGUGGUAAAUCAUUCUCUGGAAAUAGUCAAUUGACUAGUCACAGACGUAUUCACACAGGUGAGAAACCAUAUCGCUGUGAUAUCUGUGGUAAAUCAUUUUCUGUAAAUAGCACUUUAACUAAACACAAGCGUAUUCAUACAGGUGAGAAGCCAUAUCAAUGUAUUAUCUGCGGUAAAUCAUUUUCUGAAAAUGGAGCUUUAACUCGUCACAAACGUAUUCAUACUGGGGAAAAACCAUAUCAGUGUGAUAUCUGUGACAAAUCAUUUUCCGAAAGUAGCAGUGUAACUAGUCACAAGCGUAUUCAUACUGGGGAAAAACCAUAUCACUGUGAUACAUGUGGCAAGUCAUUCUCUAAAUGUAGUGUCUUAACUAAACACCAGCGUAUUCACACAGGAGAGAAACCAUAUCAUUGUGAUAUCUGUGGUAAAUCAUUCUCUUGUAGUAGCCACCUGUCUAAACAUAAACGUAUUCAUACAGGAGAGAAACCACAUCAUUGUGAUAUCGGUUAUAAAUCAUUUUCUGAAAAGAGUUAUUUAACCAGUCACAAACGUAUUCAUACUGGAGAGAAGCCAUAUCAUUGUGACAUCUGUGGUAAUUCAUUCACUGAAGAAAGAAUCUUAGCUAAACACAAGUGCAUUGAUAUAGGAGAGAAAUCACAUCACUGUGAUGUCUGUGGAAGAUCAUUCUCUCGAAGAGGUUCUUUGACUUGUCACAAACGUAUUCAUACUGGGGAAAAGCCAUGUCUUACAGGAGAGAAGCCAUUUUAUUGUAAUAUCUGUGGUAAAUGUUUCUCUCGAAAAGAUACUUUAACUAAACACAAAGCUACACAUACAGGAGAAAAACCAUAUCAGUGUGAUAUCUGUGGUAAAUCCUUUUCUCAUUGUGGUAACUUGACAACGCACAAACGUAUUCAUACAGGAGAGAAACCAUAUCAUUGUAAUAUCUGUGGUAAAUCAUUUCCCCAACAUUGUCAAUUGACUAAUCACAUACGUAUUCAUACUGGGGAAAAACCAUACGUGUGUGAUAUCUGUGGUAAAUCAUUUUCUGUAAGUGGAACUUUAACUCGUCACAAACGUAUUCAUACAGGAGAAAAACCAUAUCAGUGCGAUAUCUGUGGUAAAUCGUUUUCUCAAAGUGGUGACUUGCCUAAACAUAAACGUACUCAUACCGGAGAGAAGCCAUAUCAUUGUAAUAUCUGUGGUAAAUCAUUUUCUGGAAGUAGUGACUUGAUUAUACACAUACGUAUUCAUACAGGAGAGAAGCCAUAUCAUUGUGAUAUCUGUGGUAAAUCAUUUUCUGGAAGUAGUGACUUGAUUAAACACAAACGUAUUCAUACAGGAGAUAUUAAACACAAACGUAGUCAUACAGGUGAGAAGCCGAAUCAUUGUAAUAUCUGUGGUAAAUCAUUCUCUUCAAAUAGCUAUUUGAUUAGUCACACGCGUAUUCAUACUCAAGAAAACCCAUAUCAGUGUGAUAUUUGUGGUAAAUCAUUUUCUCACAACAAGACUUUAGAUAAUCACAGACGUAUUCAUACAGGAGAGAAGCCAUAUCUUUGUAAUAUCUGUGGUAAAUCGUUUUCUCAAAAUAGCAGUUUAACUAAUCACAGACGUAUUCAUACAGGUGAAAAACCAUAUCAUUGUGAUAUCUGUGGUGAGUCAUUCUUUCAAAAAGGCCACUUAAGUACACAUGUGAACAUUCAUACACAAGUGUAACAGUAUCUGUAUCAUGAUUUAUUACAA